AUGGGUGUCCAGGCAGAGCGGGGGAAAGGUGUAGCUCACCCGAUCCAGGCGGCAGCUGCAAUGACGUCAUCCGGCGGCGACGAUCCUGAUGUCAUGGCGACAGCGGCACAGAACUUCAUCGGCGGCAAACUGGACGCCCAGCCGUUUGCGGCGCAUCACGAUCCAGCUUCCGUUUCCUUUCUUCUCCCUGUCUUCAUUUGUUUGCACGCUCGGUGCGAGCGUGGGAAGCCGCUGCAGUCUCCUGGAUACAUAUACCUUUUUGAGUGUUGUGCCUCUCCAGCACAACGGAAUCAGAUGCCACGAAACGUAGAAGUCAAAGCAAGAAUUCAUGACUGGGAACGUACGCUACAAGUUUGCAAGCAGCUAAGUGGAAGCAAUGGGGAGCAGAUUUUGCAGAGAGAUGUUUUCUUCAACACCACCAAAGACCGCCUUAAGCUUAGGGAUUUUCAGGAUGGAACUGGUCAACUAAUAUACUAUGAACGUCCAGAUCAGCUUGGGCCAAAGCUGUCCAACUAUUCAAUAUCUAACACAGCUGACCCUAAUGGACUUGAGGCUGUAUUGACUCAAGCUCUAGGAGUCCGUGGUAAAGUUGUAAAAGAACGCUUUCUCUUUUUGGUGGGACAAACCAGGAUUCAUCUCGACAGAGUAAAGGAUUUAGGAGACUUUUUAGAGCUGGAGGUUGUUCUCAUAGAAUCCCAGACGGCACAGGAUGGGGAUCUUAUAGCCCAAGAGCUGAUGAAUUCUUUGAAGAUUUCCCAAGAUGAUCUUCUCACAGGAGCCUACAUGGACCUGCUGCAAGACAAAAAAAAUGAUCAUCUUAGUGAGACCGUUAUGGCUUCUUCAUAAAACCAGUGCAAACAUAUAGUGUAGAGCGUUCAUUUACACCAUGCUAGUUAUACAUAGGAAUUUCAAAUUUGGCACUUAAAACUAAAUCUGCUUUUAAUAUGUGUUUGAACAUGUUUUUAUACUGGAGCUUUAUAAGCUGGCAUUAUUAGUUGUAGUUUACAGGGAUAAACAUAAAUAUUGUUAUAAGCAUUGGCAGUUGUCUUUGUAAAUACCUACAGGGGUGUGGAAAUUAGAAAAAAAAACUACUUGUCCAAGGGACUAAAGCGGAGCACAAUCUACUUGUCCCUCAAGAAAAUCCACUUGUCCUGGUAGAUUAAAUAAUUUCAACCAAAAUAGUACGAUCCAUGCCACUAGACCACCAGGGAUGGAUAUGAGAUCCCUUUAGACACUGCUGUCAACUUAGACAGCGGUGAUCUAAUGGUUUAAUAGCGGCCACGGCGAUCGCAGCAUGCUAGGCUAUUAGCGGCGGGAGGGAGAGCUGUAGCUAGCUCCUUUUACACCCGAGGCAACCCCCCCCCCCACCUGACCCCUAUAACUCCAAUGUUUCCAUAUACAGGGAUGUAUGAGGGUAAUCUUAUGCGCCGGGAUCUGUAGUUUUUAUCGGAACCAUUUAUUAUCAGAACUUUUAUUAGGAAAGGGGCUUAUUCACAUAUAUACGCACUUUUUAAAAUAUUUUCAUCACUAUUUUUCAGUCUUCAUAGGGACUUAUAUAUGGAGUCUUUUGAUUGGAUAACAGUGAACAACGCUGUGUUACUGGGGGGGGGGGGUGUUCUGCUUCUCCAGUUUGUGUGGUGCAUUUUAUUUACUCAAAUUUAUGUGUCAGAAAAUGCUAGAAGUUGCAUUUAGUUAGUAGAUAACUACAACACCCAACAUGCCCUGAUGCAGCCUAUGGUUGUGUGGGUGUUGCAGCAUGUUGCACUGUAUAGUAGUACAGUUAAGGUUAUUGUGUAACAUGCUGGGAGUUGUAGUUUUGUUCCGUGUCAGCUGCAGAGCCAUAGGCAUACAAGGAAUACAAGGAAUACAGGGAAUUGCAGUUAGUAACUACAAGACCCAGCAUGCCCUGAUGCAGCCUAUGGCUCUGCAGCUGACCCGAACCAAAACUACAACUCCCAGCAUGCCCUGAUACAGCCUAUGGCUCUGCAGCUGACCCAAACCAAAACUACAACUUCCAGCAUGUUGCACUUUAUAGUUCUAUAGUUUAGGUUAUGGUCCAACAUGCUGGGAGUUGUAGUUUUGGUUCGGGCGUGUUUGCGUGCAUCUGUUGGGCUCUUGGUUGGCGGGUGAGUAUGAAGGGUGGGAUUCUGGGGGUGCAAUUUAGUGCAGGUGGCCAGAAGCCACAAAAAAAAAAUGAGCUAGCACAACUGGCAGCAGCACUUGUCAGUCCGCCCCUGUACAAAACAUACAUGCAUAUACAUAUCAUACAUACACAUAUACAUACACCGGCCACUGCCCCCUAUAUUGUACAGUAUAUACAUACAGACACAUCAUACAUACACCCGCCGCUGCCCCCAUAUUAUACAGUAUAUACAUACAUAGACACAUCAUACAUACAUACACCGGCCACUGCCCCCUAUAUUAUACAUUAUAUACAUACAUAGACAUUUCAUACAUACAUACAUACACCGGCCACCGCCCCCUAUAUUAUACAGUAUAUACAUACAUCAUACAUACACCGGCCACCGCCCCCUAUAUUAUACAGUAUAUACAUACAUAUCAUACAUACAUACACCGGCCACUGCCCCCUAUAUUAUACAGUAUAUACAUACAUCAUACAUAGACACAUCAUACAUACACCGGCCACUACCCCUAUAUUAUACAGUAUAUACAUACAUCAUACAUAGACAUAUCAUACAUACAUACACUGGCCACUGCCCCCUAUAUUAUACAGCAUAUACAUACAUACAUAGACACAUCAUACAUACAUACACCGGCCACUGCCCCUAUAUUAUACAUAACAUACACACACACAUCAUACAUACAGACACAUCAUACAUAUACAUACACAGGCCACUGCCCCCUAUAUUAUACAUUACAUAUAUACAGACACAUCAUACAUACACCCGCCGCUGCCCCCCCCAUCAUACAUUACAUACAUACACACACACAGACAUCAUACACACAUCAUACAUACACAGACAUCAUACACAUACACACAUCACACACAGACAUCAUACACACAUCACACAUACACUCACACCAUACACCAUACAUAUGCACACAUUAUACCAGGGCUGUGGAGUCGGUAGAUAAAUGUUCCGACUCCAACUCCGACUCCGGAGUUUUCUGUGCUUCCGACUCCUCUGUAUUAAUAUGUGAAUGUAUUUUAUACAUUCCUUGAAGGAAAGAAAGGCAACAUACAUGUCAUUACCACAGGACUACUGGCUGGGAAGCCAACAGUCUACUGUAUUGAACAGUGUGUGUGCUGAUCUGCUGCUGAAGAUAGGGCAGUGGGAGGAUGCAGGAAGGGGCAUUUAUUAUAAAACAUGAUUUCCCUAGUAGAAUCCCAUAGUCAAGUUUAAAGGGGUACUCCGCCCCUAGACAUCUUAUCCCCUAUCCAAAGGAUAGGGGAUAAGAUGUCAGAUCGCCGGGGUCCUUCUGCUGGGGACCCCCGGGAUCGCCACUGCG